AUCAAAUAAAUCACCGUACCUAGCGUCAAAGUUGACAAAACGCAGUACUUAUUUGGAAUUGAAUGACUGUGAUUUGACAAGUCACAAGAAGUUCUAAAUACAAUGGUUCAGUUUGUUAUCGCUGGUAAACCUGAUUGUGAUGCUUUUGUGCAUGUUCUACACGUAGCUAGAUAUUUGCAGGAACACUUGCCGCGCUUCAAGGUACAUGUUAUUCAGAAACCAGGCGACACCUUUGAGUCAUGGUUGCGGAGCAUAAAUGAGAAAAACAAAUGGAACCAUCCCUGUUCUCCUAUUAUUUGGAAAGAACUUACAAUAAGGGGCGGUAUUCCGCAUUACGUUGGUGGGGUGAGCGAAUUUUGGGAAUAUUGCUACUGUUACUAUGGAUUGCUGUCACCUACACGAGGUGAAACAUUGAAAAAAUUGGUUGACGAUAAUAUUCAGUUUUACGUGCAUGAAAAGCAGAAGAAAAAAGAGAUAAAGAAACAAGUGAAUAAGAUCGGUAUAUUUGGAAUUCAAAAUGAAACUCUCCCAUUAUUGCUGUCUGAGUUAAUAAAAUUACCAGAACUACAAACAACUGGUGGCAUUACAAUCGUUUUGUAUGACCAUUUUGCUUCAGAAGACUUAAUUAAUGACGUUACAAUGGACCUUCGUUGUGUAACUGAGGGGUACUGUAAAGACCUUCGAGUUGUUCAUAAACUCGAUCAGUUGAUGGUCGACUGCCAACUUUUAAUAAUUUUAGGGGAUUACACAAGAAAAGAAGGGGAAUCAGAAGUAGACUGGUACCUACGAAAUUUAUCCUGUAUGUACAUGUUAUCUGAUGCAGUAAAUUCAAUUAUCAAUAGAAAUAUCAAAAUUAUAGCAGCUUUGCAUGGACCUGUUUGCUUUGAUGUUAAUGUGCUAGUUGAAUGCUGCACAACAGUACGUAUCGGUAAUAUUGUCGGUAUUACCAGCGAUGUUGGUUUAGGAGCAAUAAAAAAGGCAGCAGAUUUUACUGGUUUGAACUUGUCAAAUAUCGGCGGUCCACCUGUAUGGGGUUAUGUUGGUGUUAAUCAAUUUAUUGAUGUGAAAAGUGCGAUUGUCUACAGUGACAUGUACCGUCCAUAUCAGAGAGCUUUGAAAAACAAAGGCGGAUCAACACUUCCAUUAGGCACCGUUCAUCCCGAACUACGAUUUUUAUCUUAUCUGAUAGAAGAUGCCAACGAAAUUAACAUUGAGUCAAUUGAAUCACGAAGAACGGCUCAACAACUUUUAAAUCGUCAUUUAGUUUACUCAAAAGUGCGCGCUACAAUUAGCGUAAUUAAGAUAUGGUAUGCGAAAGAGCCAACAGGUGAUAUCAUUUCAUUAGGCAUUUGUUCUAAUGGCUCAUUUGGAAUACCCGCUGGUCUUGUUUUCUCUCAGCCAUCAAUACUGAAAAACAACGUGUGGGUACCGUACGAAGCAUUUCCCACCAUGGAAGAAACAAAACGAGAAAUUUUAAAACUGAUCGAUUCAUCUGAAGAAAUACAUCAUUUAAUGGAUUGUGUUGCACCUACGAGUGCCGCUGCUUACUAAAUAUUUUAAAUAAAUGGGUUUAGUAUUAGAAUAACACAUACACAAAAUAUAGAGUACUUGAAUAUAAAAUUCAAAGCCUUAUAAACGAUAUUUUAAAAAGUUACAUUUUGCAAAACACGGUUUAAACGAGUGGCUAACGAUUAUGUGUGCGUUCUUGCCGUAUAUGCAAUGUAAAAUGCGCCGAGAAAAAUCCUUAUAUUUUCAUUAUCAUUAGGGCAAACGACAAACAAAACGCACCUUUGUAAAGAUAAUUAAAAACAGGAACUUUUUCAAAAAUUCAAUUUUUUCUUUUUUGGGCCAUUUGGACAUCGGUAUCAACAGACGAAUUUAGGGGGUUAAUUAGUAGUCCAAACUCUACAGAAAAACAUAAUUAGAUGCUUUUUACCUUUAAAAG